AAAGAAAGGAAGAAAAAUACCAUGUCUAAUGGUUAUGAAGACCACAUGGCCGAAGACUGCAGGGAGGACAUCGGGAGAACAAAUCUGAUCGUCAACUAUCUCCCUCAGAACAUGACGCAGGAUGAGCUGCGGAGCCUCUUCAGCAGCAUCGGGGAGGUGGAGUCUGCCAAGCUGAUCCGGGACAAAGUAGCAGGACACAGCCUGGGCUAUGGCUUUGUGAACUACGUGACUGCAAAAGACGCAGAGAGAGCAAUAAACACGCUGAACGGCCUGAGGCUCCAGUCCAAAACAAUUAAGGUGUCGUACGCCCGCCCAAGCUCCGAGGUCAUCAAAGACGCCAACCUGUACAUCAGUGGGCUCCCGAGGACCAUGACCCAGAAGGACGUGGAGGACAUGUUCUCACGGUUCGGGCGAAUCAUCAACUCUCGAGUGCUCGUGGACCAGACCACAGGUUUGUCCAGAGGGGUUGCGUUUAUCCGGUUUGACAAACGGUCGGAGGCAGAAGAGGCAAUUACCAGUUUCAAUGGUCAUAAACCCCCAGGUUCCUCCGAGCCCAUCACAGUGAAGUUUGCCGCCAAUCCCAACCAGAACAAAAACGUGGCGCUGCUCUCCCAGCUGUACCACUCGCCCGCGAGACGCUUCGGAGGGCCCGUACACCACCAGGCGCAGAGAUUCAGGUUCUCCCCGAUGGGCGUGGAUCACAUGAGCGGGCUCUCUGGCGUCAACGUCCCGGGCAACGCGUCUUCGGGCUGGUGCAUCUUCAUCUACAACCUCGGGCAGGAUGCCGACGAGGGCAUCCUCUGGCAGAUGUUUGGGCCCUUCGGCGCCGUCACCAACGUGAAAGUGAUCCGCGACUUCAACACCAACAAGUGCAAAGGGUUUGGCUUUGUGACCAUGACAAACUAUGAAGAAGCUGCGAUGGCCAUAGCCAGUCUGAACGGCUACCGCCUGGGGGACAAAAUCUUACAGGUUUCCUUCAAAACCAACAAGUCCCACAAAUAACUCGCUCAUGCUUUUUGUACGGAAUAGGUAAUUAAGAGUGACCGAAGUUGAAACUUUUUGUUAGUGUACGACUCACUUUGCGCCAAUUUUCACAAGUGUUUGUCUUAGUCUAAAUGAGAAGUGACAGGUUUUUAUACUCUGGGAUGCAGCCGACAGGUUCAAAUGUUUGAAAUCCCACCAUGUUAGGCCAAUUUUAAGUUUCUUAAGUUAUUUCCUUUACAACCUAUAUUAACCAGAAGUCCAAGUGGACCGCACUCAUCACCAGUCCUGGAGGGCGGUCACCUGAAGCAUGCUUUCACGUGUCACACCGGCGUCUAACGUGCCCUCUCAUUUGUCUCCGCCAACUGGAGAAACAAACAGAAACAAAGAACCUUUGAGUUUGAGUUGUUAAACUAAAGAUGUUAGACAGAUGGCGAGUGUGCGUUUUCGCAACUGCCCCCCACCCCCUGCUCAGCGAUUGAUGCCCUCCCUGGUGGCCAGGACACUGCUUCGCAAACAGGCCCAUUGCCACCACCGCUCCCCCGCCCGGCACACUGGUUUCUGAAGCCCUGCUGCCAGUGGGGACGGACCAAAGAGUUUCAGGGAAGCCCCGAGUAGUCCCAAGUCAGCCUGGAGCCACCCGUGUGCUCGCUGGGCCCAGGCCUGGGGCAGGGGGCUUCCCCUCCCUCCCCCCAGCCCUCAGGGGCCCAGUGAGCACGGCAGUGGUGGCGCCUGCUCUCCACCAUAAACAUUUGAGCAUCGUGUCUCUCGCAUCCCCUUCUCGUGAGCACUAGGCUUCCCUUCCUAUUUUAGUCGGAUUUUUGUUGUUUUUCAUUUGGGAAAUUUGCUUUCGUAUGAACCCCUGCAGACAAGUACUUAACUUCUUGCCAGUUAGCUAUUAACAAACGCCUUGACUGUAGUUUUUCCAUGACUGCCUUGACACUUUGGGUUGCUCUGUUAAUUUUUCUUUUGCUUUUUUGUGUUUUUUGUUUGUUUUUACUUUUGCAUUUAAGACCAUUAAAUUUGAUUUUGUUUUGCUCGAAUUUUGUUUUGUUUUUUUUUAUUUUACCUUUUCUUUCUGUUUUGGCUAGGGAAGGGGACCAGCUGUGAGUCAGGGCCGCAGACCCAAACCCGGGGUGAAGGUGCUGGUUGAGGGGGCAGGGCAGCAGGUCACAAACCCUGUGCCCUCGGUAGGGAGCGGCCAAGGCAGGGUCUGGGCUCCCGGCAGCUCUUUGGGAUCGGGAUCCGAUUUUUAUACAUAACUGGCAUGCCGAGAGAACCCUAAAAAACGCAGGGGUGGAGUGGGGUGGGGGGGAUAACUUCGUACCAGCAGCUUUUAACUGUACUGCGAGACUGAACAUGUGAAACGUGUUUGGGUUGUGGUCUUUGUUUUAGUUCUAGAUAGACUGAAAUGAUGGAAUUAUUUAUUUAUGUAUUUAUAUAUUUAUUUAAUCUGCUUUGUUUAUUUAUUUAUUUACUGGCAAGGGAAACCGGGCAUCAGACUCCCUUCCCCAGAGCAGGUCUGGGUUCCCCGCAGCCCCUGGGUCAUGUCAACAUUGUCUGCUGCCUGGCGUCCUCUCGCCUCCUGGCCUUGAUGCCUAACUGCGGGCCCCGUCUCUGACCUGAGACGGCCAGCCACUCUUCCCACCGAAGGCCAAGUGUGUUCCCAGGCAUUGUUACCCACCGUGGUCGGCCAAGUGCCAAGGAGGGGAGGGGUGGACCUGGGAGGGGUAUCCUCAGUAGAAGACAACUGUGGGUCACCGCUGGCCACCCAGAGCCACAGCAGGGAGCUGGGACUCAACUCCUGGCCGCUCCCUACCCGCCGCCACUCUCCUGGGCCUUGUGCUGGGGGGAGAGGCGCACACCUGAGGCUGUGACUUCUGUACAUAGGUGACUUCCUCCUCCUGAAAGUCACCCCAUAUAUUCCCAUCAGCCUCUGAUAGUGUCCUGUUUCUCAAGAGAAUUCUGUCUUGAGUCUCAACUGUGAAAAUGGUGAUGGGUCACAGCCAGCCCCUCCCCUCCCCUCCCGGAACCAUGCUGGUGACUGGUGCUGGUACAGACAGAUGCCUGUCUUACCGAGAGCGGGGGAAGCCCCGUAGGGGUCAGUUCCUUGGCUGUUUGGACUGCACCUUUCACCCCCUCUGCUAGACAGUCGGCUGCUUCCUGUAGGAGGAUGUUUGCCGGAGUGCAGGGGGGCGGGGGCUGCUGCUCUCCAGGGGCUGGGACACUCACUGUCUGGACCGUCUGUGCCGGCCCUGGGCCCUCCAGCCUCUAGACUCGCUUGCCAGGGGAAGGUCUCUUUUGUUACAAUCACCAUCCAGAAGAAACCAGAACGUCACCAAAGACCGUGGUGACUUAGAUGAAUCCUGCCCAUAUUUCACCAAGUUGAAGUGCUUGCUCUGUUUCUCUCGGGACUUUUGAUUAAACAAGGGUUUGAGUGAGUAGUUUGCCAAGGGGCUGUGGUUCUCUUUUGGCCCAUGAAACUCCCCCCAGGGGGCUCUGAAGCGUCAUGAGAAAGCGCCCUCAGUAUCUUUCCGUUGCAUGCUGCCCCGAGCUUUCCAGCUUUCCCAGGCCCCUGGAGGCUGAGCUGCCUUCGGAAGGACACCCACCUUACUCACUUGGCUCUGCCUGCCUCGGGCGGGCUAGUCUGCUGAGCCACAGCUCCCUCUGCUGGCUGUGCCUUGAGACUCCCUGCCCAAGGGUCCCCUGCCACCCCCUUGCAAGAAGGUCCGAGAGAGGGAGGGUCCCCUGGGUUUUUGACGGGUGCUGCUGGGUGGUGUUUCUCCAUCUUGGGGUCUGUAAGCUGGAUCCACCCCACCCCACCUUCCCAGGCCUGAGCGGGUAAAGGCACACAGUGUCCAGGCUAGGACCUCGGCCACCAGCAGGUCGGUCACCUCUGGAUGAGAGAAGUAGAUGAAGCCAAAGACAGUUGUCAGCAAACCGUUAUCUCGGUUCUCUCCAAACAUGGGGCUCCCCCCAACUCCCCACAUCUCCCUUAACACCCUCAGCUACUCCGGGUCACCUGGCUUUGCCACUCGUUAUGCUUUUCAGACUUCCUGUGUGGAAUUAAGGAGAGUCAGCUUCAAGGAGCCCUCCUCCCCGCACCCACCUCACACCCUGACCCCGCUGCCCCAGCAUCCUCCAGGUCCCCAAGGGCAGCCUGAAGUCACAGUGCUUCCUGCCGAGAGCAGCAUUUAGGACCUCGUGUAUCUUAGCAUUGGGUGAAUCUGCGUGCCAUCCAAGGCCCAGAACCAGAGCAGGGCACUCCCGCUGCACAGCUGUCCAACAAACCCGGCCGCCAGACCUCCGGGGUGGGGGUGGGGGCACCCUGUUCCGCCUUUUUGCUCACUUGGCCGUUGAAACAAGUGUGGUUUGUAAGUCGCAAGUCUGAGUGGUGAUUGAGAGGACUUGUUUUCAUUCCCGAAGGUUCUGCCGCCACGCGGUUCCGCUGGGUCGGGGCAGGGAGGUGCGCCCGAUCCCCGCCAUGUUGUACAGUCGAGAUGGACGAUGUGUGUACCAGCCUGUGUUACGUUAUUGAUUUGUUUUAUACAAGAUCGUUUUAUUUUUCAGGUCCCCCUGCCCCCAUUUUAACUUUGUUUCCCUGGGUUUGUUUUCAAUAAAGCGUGGCACUGCUGUCUAAAAGCCAACAACAAAGCGAGGCCCUUGUGUUCUUUGGGGGACGUGUCUGUCACCAGCUCCCCUUCGCCCCCCCUCGGUGACCACGCUGUGAUUUUCAGAAAGGCACUGAUCAGGUCUCCACCACCCCGUUGCCUUUUGAUGCUUGUGAAUCAAUGUUCGUUAGUGUUUUAAAAGGGGGAGGGGGGACCCAAAAAAGCAAACCUAGAUUUUGAUAAUUCAGAAGAUACCCGAUUAAUAAAGCAGACUUGAAAGAAGACCAUUUUUCAAACUUUCA